UAUGCCGUAAAAUGUGCGUAAAGUAUGCGAAUAUAUUUUAUAGAAAAAUACUAUUGAAUUAUGACUAUAAGCUUGAAGUGGUUGUGCACAAAUGAAGUGACGUAAUUAAUUUUCUAUUCUUUUCCAACUUCAAAUAAGUCAACAACAUGGCCACAUUCUACUUUUUUGUAGUGCUGUUGGUGCGGGUGGUCCUACCUGCAGGGUUACUACUAAGUAUAGCACUACGACCUUUCGGCUUGUCGAUGGUGUACGUGCUGCUCUUCUUAAUAUCACCGCUAGUGCAAAUACCAACCACGAAAACAUUGUCUGGUUGGCGUGGCAAAUACCUUAUAUUAGUCAUGAUAUUGUCAUGUCUGCUUCUCAUAGUGCACAUAGCAUGGCAUAUUACCCUGGCCAGUUUCGCGCCUUACGGCAAGCUUCUUACGAAGUUUCCCCUAUUAGAGAGGAUCUGCCACAACUUGGGAUUUGUAGCUUAUAUUAAGACACCUACGCUUAUGAUCAUCCACUAUCUGGCACCCGAGUUAGUUAUGACCGGCACCUCUGUACUCGUACACCUAGCAGUGAAGCGCCUCCUUACACGCGGUACUCUUGAUGAGAAGGACCCCAAGUAUCAGCAAUUUCCAUUGCUCACCACAGCCGGGAAAUAUUUAUGCCUGUUCCUGAUAAUGUUCUCUGGGAUAAUGCGGCCGAGCAUCACCUCAGGAAUUUACUUUCUGAUAUUCAUGGGCGCAGCGACGGCGUGGUCGCUAGGUAAACCGCUUGAAAAGGGGUUUGCUGUCGUCGGCCGAUGCCUAAUGGGAAUCAUGAUCUUACACAUAAUGGUGUUGAUUGUAUAUCAGUGCAAUUAUAUCAACGAAUUGUACCCGCCUGAGCAGAGCUUUGCCAGAUACUUCGGAUUAACACAAUUAGUGUCACUAAACAGCUCUACACCUUAUAUCUUUCACUAUGACACUCGUGCCACUGACCACUGGGCGACACUUGCCAGCCCUGUGGUCAUACUCUUCACAUACUAUGUCCUUGCUAUAGAGACAAGGGAACUCUUCAAACCAAAGGCGAAACAAAAGAGCGCAUUGCCAGGCUUAGAGGCUGGUAAAUUGAACGGAUCUCUAGCUAUCGGUGUCUCCUUCCAUCGCGGGAGCCGGCACGCAACUCGCGAAAAGUGGAAAUCCGCCACUAAAAAAGUCCGAGUAAGCCAACUAAUCCGAAGUUCGAGCCCCUCGAAGCGCUGGUCCAGUAUGCGGACAACUUCGAUAACACGACAGCUACAUCAGGACUCAACGGGCUCAGUCGUCGUAGGCGAUGAUUCACUGGAAGACCUCAACGACGAACCAACGCUGCUGGAUGAUAUAAUAGCUGCUAUUGUAGACUUCUUUCAAGUCAUAGUCAGGUCAUCGUACAUAGCGACGACCAUAACAAUGAUGGCGUGGAGCAUAAUGUUCCAUUCGUGGGUAACUUUUGUGUUCCUUAUGUGGGCCAACAUCGUAUGGCUUUGCCAGGACCAGCGCUCGUUCAUGUUGAAGACCAGUCCGGUUCUCGUCAUCUACGCCAUGCUGUUGCUUAUUGCUCAGUACAUAUAUGGCAUGAACCUCACUACUGAUGAAUUACCGUCUAACGUUACGGAUGUGAACCUCCAGCAAAUCGGACUCGGUCGGAUAGAGUCGGGCGAGCCGUGUGUGCCGUUGUUAAUAAAGUCGCUGUUUACGUGCAUGUUUUGGGUGACGCUACGCCAGCGGGUACAGGAGUUGCGUCAGCGGCGGCAAUCGGCUACUGCCGCCGACAUGGCCGCGCCAUUGCAGCUCACUGUCUCUACUGCCGCAACUGCUAUGGAAGUCCAAAAGGAGGAGGAGAGCAAAUCUCGUUUGUUACGUGCACUCGGUCAAUUUCUACGAAGCGCCUGCGCAAGAUACUGGAUCUACGUGGUGGUGAUCAUGCUGUUUGUCAUCGGCAUCACCGGAGAUCGGAUGACAAUAUUCCGAAUCAUAUACAUGUUCCUGUUCCUUGCAUUUAUAUUGAUGUUCCAGAUAAGUUGGUACUGGUGGCGACGACUAAUGUACGUGUUUUGGAUAGUCGUCAUCAUCUAUUCAAUGAUUAAUCUUAUUCUCAUAUAUGUGUAUCAGUUUGAUAACUUCUCUAAGGCAAUAGAAAAAUAUUUACUCAUCAACGAAAGACUACAACACGAUUUAGGCCUCGAGCCCUAUCACCCAGCUGAUUUGUUUGUCAAACUGUUGACCCCCACCUGUUUUCUCAUAAUUACCAUCAUGCAAGUUCACUAUUUCCACAAAGACUUUAUGGAGCUUUCAGAUCCAAGACAAAGUCAGUCGAAAUCUGUAGUUACACCAUCGGACAAACAAAGUGUUGGUGGCGCGUCGACCAUGAAAGACGAUCUGCCUCAGCUUCCUCUAGAAGAUGAGCCACAUCGUCACUUAGCUGGGGAUGAAGGUGCAACAGCGACGGAAGUUGACAACUCUCUAGUUACUUCUAUGAGUAAAAAAUCACAAAGUGGCGCAUUAUCAAAAUCGCACUUAAAAUUGUCGCGAUCGACUCGUCAAUUAGGAUUCCGAGGGUGGAUUGCUCUACACUUCAACAUUGGGCGUAAACAUUUUGCAGUAGCUAAGGACAAAGUGAUGGUGUUCUUGGAUAUACACCUUAUAAAAAUUAUCUUUCUGUCCUUGAUGCUACUGUGCGUGUUUAAUGUCUGCGCUUUGCACGUCCCGAUAAUGAUAUUAAUAGCACCUGCGCUACUGCUCGAUCGACAAAAACAGCGCGGGUGCAUGCUCAUCAUAUCUACUAUUAUCAGCAUAUAUUUCAUGGCCAAAAUGGUAUACCAGAUCGAUUACAUCAAGCACUCCAUUUUUGAUGUCAACUGUACAAUUGAGGACGUUAACUCCACGAAUAUAACUACUUUUAACAACGCCGAAUGGAUCGGCUUCCAGAAAGCCUCUCGCGAUCGACCACUAGUUGUGCUACUGAAAGGUUACAUUGCACUGAUCGCCUUGUUUACCUUUUACUCAUUGGUCACUUAUCAUCAGAGGAACAGGGUAAACAGAGAUGCUUCGGACAAUUCGAACAAUCCCAACUUGAUGUUCCCAGACGUGAAGCGUAGCGACGCAGAUAAAAAUUUAAUAUAUUGCACAAAAUAUUUAUUCAACUACGGUUUCUAUAAAUUCGGGGUUGAGAUAUCCUUAAUAUGCCUUAUGGGCGUAAUUGGAUCUCGUAUGGACCUGUACGCGCUCAUUUACGCUGGGUGGUUAUUAAUACUAGUGUCUAUAAAGCGACCGUUGCAAGCCAAGGUUUGGAAACCGUUUACAGGAUUCACAAUGGUCAUGGUACCGUUGCAGUACUUGCUUGCUGUCGGAUUUUUACCUGGUUUCUGUAUACAGUACCCUUGGGCUGGUACUAACCCUCAAUUAAAACAUGUACGCAACUGGUUGUACCUUCCGUACGAAGCUGAGCCACCGCACGGGUCGAAAUUGAUCUUCGACUACUUUCUACUUCUGUUCGCGUCUCGUCAAUUAAUAGUGUUCAGGAUAGAGAACGCCAACGGGGAUAAUUACCCUGGAGGUUCUAAUAAGGAAGACAUUGGACAUGAUUGGGAAACACCAAACUUUGUUAACCCCGUGCCGGAUUUCCUUGGAUUUGUUGGUACAUGGCUCGAUGUAAUCAAACGUUUGGUGUUCCUUGGUAUGCUAUGGGUGACCCUCGCUAUCAUGUUCAUGACUGGCACUAACCGUGUCAACCUGUUUUCUAUGGGUUAUUUGGUUGGUUCCUUCAUCUUUCUAUGGCAAGGAACUGAUUUUUAUUUACUACCAAAAGACGCGAUACUACGGUGGUGGUCAUGGUUGCUACGCUACAACGUAUCAGUAGUUGUAAUCAAAACGUUACUACAAAUUCCUGGUUGCAUGUUCAGCUCAGUGAUGCAAGAACAUGCUUGUUGGCUCGUUCAAUUAUUGGGUAUAGGCUGCGUGGACAAGUUCGCUGGCGGGAACAUAGCGCAGUUUCUAAAAAUGAGCUACGUGAAGGUAACAGGUCAAAUUCAGGCACUGGACGCAACGUGUUCCGUUCCGCAAGAAGACAUUGGAUUAGCAUGGGACGGUGUAUGCUUCGCAUUUCUCAUACUACAACGACGGUUAUUCCUAAGCUACUACUUCUACAGAGUCAUUGAUGAUAGCAAAGCUACCACUGUCUUGGCUUCCAGAGGUGCCGAGUUGAUAGAGCAACUGCGUCUGAAACAAAUGAAGAUCCAAGAAGAUCAAGAAUCUAAAAUAUUGGAAAAGAUCAAAGUGAAAAUGGAGAGGAUCAAAGCUAAUCAGAGAAAGAUUCAGGGAGCUCUUGCGAAAGAGCCGAAACACCAUGAUCGUGGAAGUGAAUCGUCUCCUGGUGCUAGGCGUCGAAUAUACACAAAGCGACAUGAAGAACGUGACCGACCGGUAUACAGGCCGCCCACCAGCCAUCAAAAGGCUGUCCGCUCCGGUGACUACUACAUGUUUGAUGAAUUCGACGAUGUGGAUGAGCUAAAAGAAGGGCCAGAGAAAGCCGAUUCCGAUGAUGAAGCUCCAAAGGAAAUGGGACUUGGCAAGCUUUUGUCUACGGUGAUGAAGACGGACUUGCGGCGUGCGAUGGAGUUGCGCCGAGCCUCUGCGCCCAAUGUACAGACGUCAAGACAACAUUCGCUUGGAAGUCAUCCCCAUUCUUAUGCCUACGAGGGUCACCGGUCGAGAUCGCAUUUGCCUCAAGAUCCUGGGGGACCUAGCAAAGAUUUGCCAGGACAACCGUCUGAUUACCCUGAACCUCUAUCUCUUGAAGACUUCCCACUUGAGCAAGAGACGUGGUUCGACAAACUGCAUCACAUCAUGGAAGCGGUAUGGGCAUUCAUAUCAAGCUUCCUCGUUACGAUGACGCGGCACCUCAUGCGGCACUCUCGCGACUACCGAUACGUUUCCCGAACGCUUACUUUAGAGAAGAAAGUACUUAAGGAGAAAGAAGGUUUCGGCAUAGGCCUUCGGGAAGGAUCGCAAAUGAGAUGGGAACCCCUGCCCGAAACCCUCCUAUCACGAGAUGUGGAUAAUCAUGACGGCAACCUUCUCGUGCCCAUUAUGGAUUUCGGCCGUAAGUUAAGCGAAAUAAGUGUGCCGGAGAUCCGCAUCUUGGCGCCAAGCAUGGAGCGCGGGCUGGACGAAUCGCCGCCAUCACGUCGUCACUCCGGCCACUCGCCGUCCUCGGAUACAAUCUCAGAUGAUGACGAUGACACCUCCGAACACGAAAGCGCGUUUAGUAUGGAGUCUACCGAAAGCAAAGACGUGACAGUGUUAGAAGAACAAGACGACUCGAUGUUCAAGCAGCAGAAGUCGGUCAUAAUUCACCUUGUCUACGCCAUUUGGUUCGCAGUUCUCGCGCAUACAGAUAUCGUCUGCUAUAUUAUGGUCUUUAUAAAUCAGAUACAAUCCGCUACUAUCCUGUCAAUUCCUCUACCAUUAAUGGUGUUCUUAUGGGGAACACUUACGAUACCGCGGCCUUCGAAAACUUUCUGGGUCACUCUUAUUGCCUAUACUGAGGUAAUCGUCCUAAUAAAGAGCAUGUUCCAAUUCGAGAUCCUACCGUGGAACCAGAAAGUGAUUCCGGCAAACAUGCCCUUCACUGCUCCGCGAAUCAUCGGCAUCGAGAGGAAGUCUAAUUAUGCGCUUUAUGAUCUGCUAUUGCUGCUUAUCAUUUUCCUUCAUAGGUUCAUGCUAAAAUCUCUGGGCCUAUGGAAAGAAACGUCUCCUGACAUCGAAUUACGUGUAGAUAAGGAAUACGAUUUACAACCCGAUGAUAUACAAAACUUAGUCGUUGGCCGCAGAGCUGAGGUUGGCAAGAAGUACAUCAAACUGAACGACCGCAGUGGACCGGACGAGGAUACUGGCGACGUGGACAACGAAACGCCAUCAAGUAGCCGACCACACAGUAAAUCAGGUGUUAGGUCUAAUAACGUCGAGAUACCCAGUGGUAGCGGAUUGCAAGACGUCAAAGGAAAUAUGAGAAAAAAGGAUGGCCCAAACGAAAAUAAAGACGGAGAACCAUCCAAGUCCGUAGAAACUGACGAUGAUCAUUACGAAGUCGACGACGAUCAAGAACCAAUAAUCGCAGUGACAACAACAUUAGAAGAUACGUACGAUAACUAUCCUCGAGUUAUAUGGCUUUCGCUGAAGAGGUAUCUUCAACCCACGCAGAAUUUCUUCAUGUGCAUGUUGGCGCCGGGGGCGCGGGUCACUGCUGACAUCUACGCGUACAUGUUCCUGUGUGACUUCUUCAAUUUCCUCGUCGUUAUAUUCGGAUUUGCUGCUUUUGGAACUCACCAAGGCGAUGGCGGCGUUCAAGCCUAUCUAGAAGAGAAUAAAGUGCCGAUCCCGUUUCUCGUGAUGCUGAUUCUCCAAUUCGCGCUAAUCGUCAUCGACCGAGCGUUGUACUUGCGAAAGUUCAUGCUCGGAAAGAUACUGUUCCAAUACGCGCUUAUUAUCGGCGUGCAUAUUUGGAUGUUCUUCGUACUACCUUUCAUCACUGAGAGGACAUUUAAUACCCUGUUACCACCACCGAUGUGGUAUAUGGUGAAGUGUAUAUAUCUGCUCCUGUCGGCGUAUCAAAUUCGCUGCGGCUACCCUCGCCGCAUCAUUGGAAACUUCCUCUGCAAGUCUUACCGUUUUGUCAAUAUGGUGCUCUUCAGAGGUUUUAUGGCGGUGCCGUUUGUGUUCGAAUUGCGAACGCUGAUGGACUGGAUCUGGACGGACACUUCGAUGACGCUCAUGGAUUGGCUCAAGAUGGAAGACAUCUUUGCCAAUAUAUUCUUGCUCAAAUGUUCUCGCGCCAUAGAAGAUGAGUUUCCACAACCACGUGGCUCGAAGAAAACAACCACGUCAAAGUAUUUGCUCGGUGGUAGCGUGUUGGCCUUCGUCAUCGCUAUCAUCUGGUUCCCGCUAGUAUUCUUCGCGUUUGGAAAUACGGUCGGUGAACCGAACCCGCCUACGGAUGUCACGGCUAAGAUUCGUAUUGGACCGUUCUUACCCGUCUAUCAGAUGUCUGCGCAAUCUCAUAACAUAGAAGUAUACACGGAACAAGAUUAUACCCAACUGAGCAACAUGUACGCACGCGACCGCACGGCGCAAACAUUCCUCUCCAACUACAUGUACAACGACGUAGCCGUUGUCACAUUAAACUCCAAUUCCACUAUGAAGUGGGAGAUCUCUCCGCCGGAACUCGAUCGCCUCGAGCUUGAGGCGAAGUCCAACAAAAGUAUAAAAAUUAAAUUCACAUUCGUGAUUACGCAUCCGAGCAAUACAGUACAAAACCCGCCGACUAUAGAAGACAGUCGCGAAGUGGAGAUGGAACCUUUCGUAGACGCAGAACGGACUAUACGAAAUCCAGAACGUGUCAAGUUAUAUGCUAUGCUGACUAAUACUUCGUCACCGGACUCCUGGGUUCAAGUGGAUCUGCUUUUCCCCAAAUUCUUGAAAGUGUUUAAUAAAGGUACCGCGAAGCCUGCGUAUCAACUAACAGAAGGUCAUGACGACGACAGUUUCGCAGUGGAUGAUAAGAGAUUAUAUCACAACGUCCAGUUGCGAUUGGAAAGGGAUAGGGACUCAAUGUACUGGCGCGUGCGGGAAGGCUGUAAUCUUAAACCGCCACAGGAUCGUAUAAACUCUAUCCCAAUGAACAACUGCGAUCAGCUGGUUAUGUUCACGUUCAACGACAAACUCUUCCCCGAGACGCUCAACUUUAUCUCAGGGAGCGGCAUCAUCGGAUUAUACACUACAUUCGUAUUCUUGGCGUCGCGAGUGAUCCGUGGAUUCUUCUCUGGCAUUUACACCAAGAUUAUGUUCGAUGAUUUACCGAACGUCGAUCGCGUUUUGCAGCUUUGUCUCGACAUUUAUUUGGUACGUGAGGCUCUUGAGCUCGCAUUGGAAGAAGAUCUGUUCGCAAAAUUAGUGUUCCUAUAUCGCUCACCGGAGACGCUAAUAAAAUGGAGUCGACCAAAAGAAGAAGAGGAGCAGGGAACUUUGGCAUCACCUCGAUGAGCUAACUCACUGAAAACUAUUACACGAGACCUUACGCUACGUUAUCAGUUAUUGAUAUAUUUACAAUCGAAUUUUUUUACGUAAGUUAGCGACGCGAUCUCUGUUUAUCUCACCCCUUGAGGCCACAUACGUCCAAUGUUUUGUAUAUAUAAAAUAAUCUGAAAUAUAAAGAACGCAUUGCAAUACCAUCGUAGCAAGCAAUAGAUACGUAAGUUGUACAGUAUAUAAGUAUACUUUAAGAAUAAACGGUACAUACCUACUUUAAAAAUUCACUCCAUGAUUACGUUUAUCAAAAUUUUUGACACUGACCUUUAUUACAUUAUUCUCCUAAGCACACACGGUUCUCUCAUUUCUAAGCGUUUAAAUACUUAAUUUAUAACAUUUUAACGGGCAUUCCUUCAUGAAGUAAAGCUUGCUUUUGCUUGUGUCCUGACGAUGUGACGAUUGAGCAUAAUAUUAUUUAUUUUUCUAGAAUAUAGGCUUAAGAUUUUUGAUCCCAAAUCACCGGUAGUUCUAUGAGCUAGUUCCAAUUUAUUAUUUAAAAUCGUAAUGUAAUGCUAAUGACCUGUUAAUAUUGAAUGCUUGUAUAUUUUGCAGUACAAAUUUAUGUAAUAAAGUUAUUCAUUGCCAUUAGAAUUUUCUGGCGCACAAUCUUAGACUUGUUUAUUGAAUAGGAUAGAAAUGGUGUCAUAUCGCUGUUCUCUAAACUUAAUUUAUAUGAAUUUGUAUAGCGUUAUCUCUGCGUAAUACUAUAAUUAGCAAAAAAGAGAGCACAUAUAGGUAAAAUUAUACUUUUACCUCUCCAUUUAAGUUCAUGAAUGUGCGCGACGGAAUUGAUAGACCAAAAUAAAAAUCGUUAUUAUGAAAAAUUGUUUUUGUAUACAUUAUUCUAUUGAAAUUUCAUUUUGUUCAUUGAAUGUAUUACCUACAGCAGUCACUAUACUUAAUGCAUAUAAGUACCUGCUCUGUAGAGUUGUAUAAAAUGUUUCUAGAUUUUUACAAUUUAUGUUUUACCUUGUUACACAAACCAUGAUCCUGAAUACAAAAUCAAGCACUUCCACAAAUAUAUACCUCAAUUUUGUAGAGAUAAAGCUGAUCAUGCUUUUGAUAUUUUAUAAAUUUUAUUGAAGUAUUUAAGGAAGAAUUAAUUUGUACACUUUUGUAUUGUGAUUGUUGUGUUAAUUUGCCUUUAAUGUUGUCG